AUGGCAGACCACAUAGCCCUUGAUAAUGCUUCCAAUGGUUCAUCCGCCGUCGAUGCCCCGUGUCCAGCUCCGGCGCCAGCGAGCGCGGAGGAGCUAGUGGCCAAAGCCAUAGCUCCGGUGAAAAGAGCUUUCCUCCGCCCGCCGCCCGUCAGGUCCUGCGACGAUAGAAGCGAGACCGGCAAAGCCGAUGGAAAAUCUGCCGCCGCGAACGACGCUCCGAUUCUCAAGGAGAAAAAAUCUAAACGCCAACUGAAGCGCGAGAGGCUUCAGGAACAGAAAUCCGCACUGCAUAUAUGUCCAACGGUAGCAAAAAGUGGGGAUGUUAGCUCAUGUCAGUAUAACGAGAAAUGCCGCUAUAGUCAUGAUCUGGAAGCAUUCAAAGCUCAGAAACCGGAUGAUUUAGAGGGCAUCUGCCCAUUUGCAAGUAUUGAGGGGCCGUGUCCUUAUGGUCUGGCUUGUAGAUUUGCGGGCACACAUAAGGAUGAUAAUGGUGAGGUUGCUAGCAAUGCAAAUGGUGAAGAUAACAGGAGAGGAGAAAUGAAUGGGUUGAAAAAGGAAGUUCAGAAGGUUUUAUGGAAGAACAAGAUGAAAUUCCCCAAGGCAGAUGCUGCACUCAAGAUUCUUGGGCUUGUGGGGCAGGGAAAGAAUAAAAAGAUGGGGGACAAAGACAAUGAUGUUUCCAAUGGCUCUGGUGAUGCUGAUGGAAAAUGUUGUGAGGACAAAUUGGAUGAAGCAGAUGCAGCUGAAAAAAUUAGGCCUCCUAAAAAAACAAAAUGCUCGAUUGAUGAAAUUGGAAAUGCUCCUCUUGAUGAUGAUUCAGUUCCCGAAGAGAAGGACACGGACCAAAGCUGCAAACAGAAUGAACCAGAAUCCAUUAACGAAAAUAUUGGGGAAGACAAUGAUAAAUGCUUAAAGCUACACCCUAGGGAAAAGAAACUCAUCGACUUCCGAGAUAAGAUUUAUCUUGCUCCUCUCACAACAGUGGGAAAUCUACCAUAUCGCCAUGUCUGUAAGAUUCUAGGCGCUGAUGUCACAUGUGGUGAGAUGGCAAUGUGCACCAAUCUCUUGCAGGGUCAAGCUUCGGAAUGGGCACUCUUAAGGCGCCAUUCAUCAGAGGAUUUCUUUGGUGUCCAGAUCUGUGGUGCAUUUCCUGACACUGUUGCAAGAACAGUUGAACUUAUAGAGCAGCACUGCACAGUUGAUUUUAUUGAUAUCAACAUGGGGUGUCCAAUUGAUAUCGUUGUCAACAAGGGUGCUGGCUCUGCUCUCCUUACAAAACCGAUGAGGAUGAAAAGUGUUGUAGAAGCCUCUUCUAGAGCAGUGGACGUUCCAGUGACUCUCAAGGUACGAACUGGUUAUUUUGAGGGCAAAAACCGAAUUGAUUCUUUGAUUCAUGAUAUGGGAAACUGGGGAGCUAGUGCAGUAACAGUACAUGGCCGGACACGUCAACAACGGUACAGCAAACUUGCUGACUGGGAUUACAUCUAUCAGUGUGCACGCGCAGCACCUUCUAGCCUUCAAGUUAUUGGAAAUGGUGAUGUAUUUACUUAUUUGGACUGGAACAAACACAAAUCUGACUGCCCCGAGCUCUCUGCUUGUAUGGUUGCCCGAGGGGCAUUGGUCAAGCCUUGGAUAUUUACUGAAAUCAAGGAACAGAGGCAUUGGGAUAUAAGUUCUAGCGAGCGGUUAGAUAUCUUGAGAGAUUAUGUACGUUUUGGCCUUGAGCAUUGGGGUUCCGACUCAAAAGGGGUCGAGACCACCAGGCAUUUCUUGCUGGAAUGGCUUAGCUACACUUGCAGAUAUAUUCCAGUUGGUCUCUUAGACAUUAUCCCUCAAAAGAUAAAUUGGAGGCCACCCUCAUAUUUUGGUCGUGACGAUCUUGAAACAUUAAUGGCAUCCGACUCCGCAGCUGAUUGGAUAAGGAUAUCCGAGAUGUUGCUUGGCAAGGUGCCUUCUGGUUUCACAUUUGCUCCCAAACACAAGUCAAAUGCAUAUGACAGAGCCGAAAACGGCUAA